AUGUGUCACUGGAUGUUCAUCCCAGGACCUUGGUCCCCUUGCAGCAGGACCUGUGGUGCAGGUACACAGAGGCGGGUGGUGAAGUGCCAGGUGCUGCUGUCCUUCUCCCAGGCGGUAGCCGACCUCCCGGACGAUGAGUGCGAGGGCACCAAGCCCCCGGCGACUCAGCCCUGUUACCGCAGCCCCUGCAGGGGUGUGCAGGAAGCGGUGGUGAUCUGUCUGAAUAAGCAAACCCAGGAGCCCUCAGAGGAGAGUCUGUGUGUGAGCGCCCGCCGGCCCCCUCAGCUGCUCCGGGCCUGCAGCACCGAGCCCUGCCCGCCCAGGUGGGAGACAGGGGCUUGGAGCUCCUGCUCAGCCACCUGUGGUGUGGGCCUGAGGACCAGGGCUGUGGCCUGCAUCCACCUCCAGUCCCGGGAGAGCAACCAUACGGUCACCCUUAGUGAUGACAAGUGCCGGGCACCGAAACCCACCCCCGUCCAGGCCUGCAACCGCUUUGACUGCCCACCCAUGUGGGAGCUGCGGGACUGGGGGCAGUGUUCCCGUAGCUGCGGAGGUGGCACACAGAAAAGGGAGGUACUUUGUAAGCAGCGGCUGGCAGAUGGCAGCAUCCUGGAGCUGCCUGACACAUUCUGCCCCUCCCCAAGCCCCCCCACCAUCCAGUCCUGUGACAAGAGACAAUGUCCCCCGAAAUGGGUCCCCACAGAGUGGUCCCAGUGCUCGGCAACCUGCGGAGAGGGCUCCCAGAGACUGCUUAUGGUGUGCAAGAAGCAGGAAGAGAACGGGGAGUACCGGACCCUGGCGCCCGCGGCCUGCGCUCCUCUCCCUCAGCCCACGACCGUCCGAGCGUGUUCCCUGGGACCCUGCGCGAGGACUUUCAAGCCAGGAGGCACAAAAUUGGGUCCAAGCAUCCUAGCUCAGAGAAAGGUUUACAUCCAAUGGAAGAAGGAGAAGAAGCUGCAGUUCAUCAUGGGGGGGUACGCAUACCUCCUGCCGAGGACCUCCGUGUUCAUCCGCUGUCCUGUCAGGCGCUUCCGAAAAGGUCAGAUCAGGUGGCUGAAGGACGGCAAGCCCCUGGUCAGCCAGCCCCACCUCAUGGUCACCCCACUGGGCUACAUCAAAAUCCAGCACCUCAAGGCUUCUGACGCAGGGGUGUAUACAUGCGUGGCAGGGCAAGCGCAAGAGAACUUUGUCCUCAAGCUCAUCGGCAGCAAACGGAAGCUGGCCGUCCCUGAGGGCAACCUGUGGCUGACAGACAGCGACAGGAAGGCCCAGCGGCAGGAAGGCCUGCGGGACAAGGCCCAGGCCCUCCGGGUCUCCUUCAGCCAGUACGACGGCAUCGUUCAGCGUCUGCUGGAGCUGAAGGGAUCGCUCCGGGAGGGCCAGGACUCCAAGGAGCUGCUGGACUCGGCUGAGAAGAACGUCUCCACCCUGGAGGAGGACGCCAUCGGAGAGGCCUGGACCCCGCUGACGCUGGUGACAGAAACGUGGAGGCUGGAUGAGAUCAUCAGGAACCUGUCCCUCCACCCCAGCGAGCUGCAGGGUCCGCAUGGGGAUCAGCUCCUGGCCCAACUGCUGGAGGAGCUCGCCAAUAACCACGGGGAGAGCAAUGAGUCCACAUUGCACCAUCCUGGCAGCACCUCCACAGAGUCCUCCACGCAGGGUUUUGUCCCUCACAAACCCAGAGCUGGCCAAGCCACCUCCAAGCCUGGGGGCUCCGCAGGGCCUCAGAAGGAACAUCACAGACCCCCAGCGAUCAUACAGAAAGCCCUAAGCAGAGAAAAAGAGUCCCCCUCAGAGGUGGUGGCUCAUGUGGGAGUACCGGUACUGCUGCCCAGACAGACUGCCAGCGUGGAGCUCCAGUGUGAGGCAGUGGGCAGCCCGGAGCCGGUGAUCAUCUGGUCCAAGGAUGGGUUAGAGUUGCAUUCCAGCAGCAGAGUAGGCAUACAGCCAGGGGGCUCCCUGAGAAUCCUGGCUCCGAGUGAAGCCGACGCGGGGCUGUACACGUGCACUGCCAGGAACCCAGCCGGCUCCACCUCCCUGUCUUCACUGCUGAGGAUAGCAGUUACUGAUGUCAUGCUCUAUAUAGUCACAGGGGUCAAGACUCCAGGAUCAAGGUGUCUGCUGGAUGGGGAGGUGGGAAACCACUCACUGUGCCGAGACAAGAAUGAUACCACACAGAAGACAGCGUCCUGCCAAGGGCAACACUGCCCCCCAAGGUGGGUGGUGCUCCCUUGGUCGCCUUGCUCAGUCAGCUGCGGCGGGGGUGUACAGACCCGGAGGGCGUCCUGCCAGCGGGGCACCUUAGAGGAGGACAGCUGCGUGGGAGCAGGGAGGAGACCUGCAGACACUCAGCUGUGUAACGCCAUGCCCUGUGUGGAGUGGGCAACGUCAGCCUGGGGCCUGUGUCACGGACAAUGCAUAGGGCCACGUCUGGCCACACAGCACAGACAGAUGUUCUGUCAGGACAGGAACGGCACCCGGGUCCCCAACGCCGAGUGCAGCGCUCUGCGCAGGCCGGCGUCCUACAGGAACUGCUCCACGGAGGCAUGCGCACUGCACUGGCGUGUGGGGCCCUGGACACAGUGCACCUCCACCUGCGGGAGCCACGGCUUCCAGUCGCGGCACGUGUCCUGCGCCCACCAGCGCAGCGGGAAGACGGCCCGGGAAAUCAACUGCGUCUGGAGGCCCCGGCCCAGCAGCUGGCAGCGCUGCAACAUCCUGCCCUGUGCCCGGGGGGAGUGUAGGGACAGCACCAGGUACUGUGAGAAGGUGCGGCAGCUGGAGCUCUGCUCGCUGGCCCAGUUCAAGGCACGGUGCUGUGAGUCGUGCCGGAACACCUGAGGUUACACCUGCAACACACGCCUGAUCCGCUAACCAGCCUGCCCGGAGAAGAACACCAUCGGUCCGGACGGGAAAAAAAAAGGAAACGAAACAAGAUGUAAACGUUCAUUUGACACCAAUGAAGGCUCUGAUUUUGCUGUAUGUGUUUGUUAUGUUUUGUCACGACCGUUGCAGUAGAUCAGAAAGCAACGAGACCCUUGUAGGAAUUGCACUCAGAGGCACAUAGAGGGUACUGUUUGGGGGACCUCCCAGUGUCCUCCCAACGGGAAGGAUGUUGGUGAGCAUUCACUGUGGAUGAGGACCCAUUCACCAGCUCCUGUCAGGCCUCACAAUGUAAACUCAUCAGAGGACAUGCAGUGUAUUGCAUUUUAUUGAAAAGACCUACAGGCCUCAAGUUUGUGAUAGCAAUUUGUUCUUUUUUUGUUCAAGAAAGUGCAGCAAAAAGCUGCCUUUUGUAUAUUUUUCAACAUGGAGGAGGGCACUAUCCCCUUUCGUAGCGAGCGUAUUUUCAGCAUGAGGCUGUGCAGCUUACAUUCGGCACAUGGACAUGGUGGUUUUUGUGGUGAAAUUGCAAGGGAAGGAAGUUCACUGCUGGCUGGCAUAAGAGGGAGCAGCUCCCCACUGCCCUCAGCUGCACUUCAGCCUCCUUUAAGGUCCCCAUUACAAGCAGUGGGCUGGUGUUCAACUCCGUUAUCGGAGAGGAUCGCGGGAACUAAGCAUA